AUGUCUUAAAAUGAUCUAAAUGAAAAGAAAAAUUAACGUAAUCUAAUUAUGAUAUUAAGUGGCAUAAGGAUUAUUGACAGAAAUUCCAAAAAAUACAGAACUAGAAUAAUUUCAUCAUUUAUCUUCCAUCUAAGAAACCACUUCUCAAAAUAUUGCAUCAAAUUAUGAAAGUGGUGUAUUGGGAUCUUAAAAAUGUAAUAAUAAUAUUUAACAAUAUUUUAGUAUCAUAAUUAAACGCAUCUGACAAUAUUAAGAGUUAAAAUACUAAAAUAUAAGGAUCACUUUUGAGUAGUGAAUUAUCAAAUUUAAAUUAUUCUGAUGAUGAAAAUGAAAAUGAAGGAAAAUUUAAAAAGAAUAAAGAAAAUGUUAUAAAAGAAGAAUAAGAAUUUGAUGAAGAUGUAUUAUUAUUAUAAAUUAAGUUCUUUGAAAUUCCACCUGAUAUUUAACCUAUAGAGAAAUCAUUUACUUAUGAUGAGUUGAAUAGAAAAUGCAAAAAUCUAGAGUAAGAAAUAAUAAAAGAAAAAGAAAUUUAAGAAAAAUUAUUGAGUAUUAUUAUAUUAAUAUAUUAAUAGAUCAGACUCUAAAUGAUAAAAAUUAGAUCAAGAUAUUUGAAGAACAAGAAAAAUAUUAGACUAAUUUAAUAAAUUAAAAUGCUAUAAAAAUUUAAAGUCUUGAAGAAUAAAAUAAAUAAAUAUUAUCCUAGUUAAAAGAACAAUAAGAGAAAAAUCUUAAUAAUAAAAUGAUAAUAUUCAAUUAGGAUUAAAAAUUAAAUCAGAUUUAACUCUAAUUAGAGGAUUAAAUAAAACAAAAUAAUUAAUAAAGAUUAUAAUUUUAAGAAUAAAUAACAAAAUAUCAAAGAUAAUUAAAAAUUAUGCAAAUCUAAUAUGAUAAAUGUAUUAUUAAUUUAUUAUUAUUAAGAAUUAGAAAUAUAGAAAUCUGAUUAAGCAAAAUAAAAUUUAAAAUAAAAUGAAUUGUUGAGUAUAUAUUCCAUCAUUAUUUUUAGAAAUUAAAGAUUAGAUUAUACUUUAUUUAGAAAAUGAAUUAGCUGAUCUUAGAGUUCCUAACCUUCAAAGAAAAUAAGAAAACUAAAAUAAAUUUAAAUUAAAUACAAAUCCUAGUGAAUAAGAAACUACUAAAUUGAAUAAUUUUAAUUUAAUGAAAGUUAAAACUAAUGAUCAAUAAAUGCCUAAACCUUAAACAUAAAAAAAAAGUUUUCCACCUAAUGAUUCUUAAAGAUUAGUUUAAUCAUUAAUCAACUGUAAACCUAAGUAAAAUAACUCUUGGAUUAAAUAACUUGAUGAAAAAAAUAAAAAUAUACUAAAAAGUUACUCAAACUCUUAAAGAAAUAAUUAAUCAUUUAGUAAUUGUUCAAUGACAGAAAGUGUCAAUCAAAAUUGUCAAACAAAUGACAAUUAAUAAUUUUUCAUUGAUAAUUCAUGA